CGAAUCACGUGUAGGGAGACCCGUUGAGCGUCAUGUCUCUGCCGUAGCACAGCGCUGGGCUACAUGUUUAUGAUUCGCUUCAAGUUGUCGUCCGCACUUUGUUUUUGACAGCAGCCUGCUUUUCUUUUCCCGUACCUAAUUUUUCUAAAACGAAGAAUGAGCGAAAACGAUGACAUCGACGUCGACAGCGAUGCAGACAAGCGAGCACAUCACAAUGCGCUGGAGCGCAAACGCAGGGACCACAUUAAAGACAGCUUUCACAGUCUACGAGAUUCUGUGCCCGAGUUGCAAGGGGAGAAGAACUCUGUUAAACAGGCGUCCCGAGCACAGAUUCUAGACAAAGCAACCGAGUACAUCCAGUACAUGAGGCGGAAAAACCAUACUCAUCAGCAAGACAUUGAUGACCUAAAGAAGCAGAAUGCUCUGUUGGAGCAGCAGGUGCGUGCAUUGGAGAAGGCUAAGGGGAACAAUCAGCUCCAGGCGAGCUACUCGUCUGACAGCAGCAUGUACACGAACCGCAAAGGGAGUGCUGUGUCCGCCUUCGAUGGCGGGUCCGACUCGAGCUCUGAAUCGGAGCCAGAAGAACCACCCAACAGGAAGAAGCUUCGCGCAGAGCCCAGCUAGGCCUGUGAAUCUCGCAAGCUCUCUGAACUGACUCUCUACCAGCCCCCCGGCUAGUCUUACCUGUCUGCAUCCAGUCCUGCCUGGUGCUAUUAUGUAUAAAAUGCUUAUACUUUUCCUUAUUUUCUUCUGGAAAGCACUCCUCUUGUGGCUGAGGAAUCAACUUUUAAGGCCUUGAGGUGGCCAUACAGCUUCUAAAGGAGUACCAAACCCUUGAUUACCAUUUCAUAAUCUAAUGUUGAGAAGACAAGGUGUGAGGCUUUAGUAAAGCGACCUGUUCCUUUUUGAACAUCCUCUGUAAUUCUGUGCAGCAGUUGUCAAACUUUUAAGACCUUUGACACAAUGCUAAUUAGGGAUAGUCCUCCUUUUUAAUAAUGAUACUUUUUCAGACGAAUGUGAAGUUGCUUUUAAAAAUUAAAUAUUUAUGGUAUGUCCUGAAAUGAGUCCCUCCACUUAUGGUGAUGGUGAUGGUGAUGCGCCAAAAAAAAAAAAAUCAUUUCUUACACUUAUAUUCUUCUGUUUGGCUUAAAAACACAGUGAGAUGAACAAGUUGACCUGUUGUUUUUCGUGGAUUUUUCACAGGUUCAACUCGUUAUUUCCUUCUAUUUUUAAUAGUAUUGUUAUUCUUCAAUAAAAUGUGGGUAUAAAAAUAUCCCUUGAUGGAUGCUGAAUGUUAAAAAUGCAGUUGCAGGGCAGUGUUGUUUAUUUUUGUCAAUGGCAGUCCAUGUUGGUGUGUAGUAUAUAUAACACAAAUAGUGCGUCAGUUCUGCAAAAGAAAAGCUGUCUCUUCAAAUAUUUGUAUAAUUGUUUAUUUGUGUUCUGUUUUUCUUAAAGAGUUAGAUACAAGUUCCUGAAUAUUGUAAUUCAGAAAAACAACCCCCCCCCCCUCCCAAGUGAGUACAAUACGCUUCUGUAAAAUAGUGUGUAUGUAAUCAAUAUUUGUUUUCUUCAAUUCCUACUUACAGGUAUGUUGUACAUACUACCAAUGGUUGUCUUGCAAGUUAAGGCAUACCUUUAUUAUGUAACUAUAAAUAAAACUAUUUUAUCCUUUUGGGAUGUAUUUGUGA